GAAUGGAUCCAUGGCGUUUAGUCCUACUGGGCAAGACUGGGGUUGGAAAAAGUGCCACAGGCAACACCAUUCUGGGUGAGAAUUUGUUCAAGUCUGAUGUCAGAGCCACCUCUGUUACAACCACUUGCAAAGAGUUUACAAAAGAGUUAAACAAUCGAAGUAUCACAGUUAUCGACACACCCGGCCUGUAUGACACAAGUAUGUCUGACGAAUUCGUUGUGAAGGAGAUUGUGAAGGGAGUCGGGCUGGUUGUUCCUGGCCCUCAUGCCUUUCUUCUUGUGAUUGAUGUGAAGCGCUUCACUGAAGAGGAGAAAAACACUGUCAAGAAUUUCCAACAAAUGUUUGGUGAUGGAGUGCACAAGCACAUGAUCGUGCUGUUCACUCGUGGAGAUGAUCUUGAGUAUGAUAACAAAUCCAUUGAAACCUUCCUCCAAGAGGCUGGACCUGACCUCCAACACCUGAUCUCUGCAUGCGGACAGAGGUACCAUGUGUUCAACAACAGGAAGAGGGGAGAUCAUACUCAAGUGGAGAAUCUCUUCAAGAAGAUUCAAAUGAUGCUGAGUGGAAACAAUUACAGAUACUACAGCUAUGAGCUCUUUACGAUGGCCAACGAUAAGGCUAGAUUGGAGGCUGAAGUGAAGGCUCAAUUAGAGGCUCAAAAGAAGGCUUACGCGGUGGCUGGAGUAAAAUGUCAACAAAAACCAUUCAACGUAACCAUUAUCUGUAGUAUUAUGUAG